AUGACAACACCUUCUCCAGAGUCAUCAUAUGAAUCUUGUGGUGAAGUAAGCAGGUCUUCUCUUUCCGACGAUCAAUAUUGUUUCUCUGAUUAUGAUUUGAAUAUGGUUCAAGACGCUUUACGAAAUCCUCAUGCUUCUGAAUUUCAAGAUCGCUUUGAUUAUACAACACAAUUGAAAACAGACGAAGAACAGGACGAUGAUACUAGUGAUAAUGACAAUAACGACUCCAGUCAAGUUUGUUUGGCAACAGAACAUAGUGAAAAACCUCCUUCUGUUCUACCUUCUACUUCUUUAUCUUCUUCAUCGUCUUCAACUAUUGACGAAGACGACGAUGAUGACGAUACUGAUAUUGAUACAGCUAUUACCAGUCCAACAGCAUCAAAACAUCAUCACUUAUCUUUAUCAUCAGUUGUCUCCGAAGGAUUAAAUAGAAAGCCAGUUUUAACCCAACUAUCACCUCAACCCAUCCUUACAACAAAUAUCAAGAAUCAACGAAAACGAUCUUCUACUCUCUCAGCUUUAUCUUCUUCUACAAUAAAGACACAUCCUUACCGUCGUCCACAACAAUUAGCACUCAAAGAAGAAGUGACAAACAAUUUGACUCAACUAAAGGAAACAUCAUCUACAGAUAUGUAUGACUGGGAAUUUUGGGCUACGGUAAUUCAUCAAUUCGAUACGGUAAAUCAACAGCAACAUCAAAUAUUACGAGAUCAUAUAUGUAUUGGUAUGCCUCCAUCACUUCGGGGAAUGCUCUGGCAAAUCUUUUCAAAAUCACGACAUAACAGCGAUACCAUUGAAUUGGAAUACCGGGAAUUACUCAAACGCGUCAGUCCACAUGAAAAAAUCAUUCAGAGAGAUUUGGCUCGAACGUUUCCUACACAUGCCUUCUUUCGAAAACGGGAUGGUGGUGGACAAGAGAUGUUAUUCAAUGUCAUCAAGGCCUAUAGUUUGUUUGAUCCUCAAGUAGGAUAUUGUCAAGGAUUACCAUUUGUUGUUGGAUGUUUAUUAUUACAUAUGCCUGAUGAAGCUGCUUUUUGUGUUCUUACUAAUCUGAUGAACGAUUACAAGAUGCGUGCCUUUUUCACUCCUAAGAUGGAACUCCUUCAUGAACGUAUGUUUCAAUUCGAUGAACUUUUAUUAACCCAUCUUCCUCAAGUUCAUCGUCAUCUCGAAGCUCAAGGGGUCCGACCUACAAUGUACGCAUCACAAUGGUUUAUGACACUCUUUGCCUAUCGAUGUCCUUUGGAAUUGGUAUUUCGUAUCCUUGAUAUGGUUUUUAUUGAAGGCACUUGUAUCAUUCUGAAUGUGGCUUUGGCUUUGAUGAAGAAGAAUCAGUCUACUUUGCUCAGUUUGGAAUUUGAAGGUUUAUUGGGUUUUUUGGGUAGUAAUGUGUUUGAUGUUUAUCAGGAUGAUGCGUCUGAACUUGUAAAGGAUUCUUAUCAAUUCAACAUUUUACCACGCGAAUUGGCGAAACUAUCCAAGCGACAUACAAUCAAGGCAGCACAAGAAGCAAAAGUACAAGAUAAAGAAGAUCAUCUACGACAAGAGAAUUACGAACUAUCACAACGAGCCAAGAAACUGGAGAAAUCGUAUAAAUCUUUAGAGAAGGAACAUGAAGAAUUGGCAAGACAAGUGAUUGAAUCUAAAAUGGCCAUGGCAAGUGCAAAUGAUGAAAAUCAGCGAUUACGACAUGAGGUAACUCUAUUGGAUCAACGGAUACGUCAAACAAAACAUGAAGGCGAACUUUGCAAACAAGACGAAUUCAAUAGACUGGCCAAUGAAAAUACCCAAUUAGUACAAAAGAAUGCUCAACUGGAAGAUCAUUUGGCUGAAGUGGAAUCUACAUUGAUCGAAUUCAAAAUGAAGUAUGCUCAAAGUGAAAAUGAGUAUGAACAAAUGAAGAAAACCUUAAGUCAAAUCAAGAAAAUCAGCAGUUAGUUAGUUAUUUAGUUAGUUAUUCCUUUUUUUUUUUUUUUUU